AUGAAGAACACGGGUAUGAUCAUAGUGACAUACCCUGAUAAAGUCGUUAUGAGUUCUUUGGAGACAUUUGAAGAACAAGCGCGAUUCAAAAACGCGUUUUCGAACACUUUUGCAAUCAAACCCGAAAUAACACAAGAUGAAAAGGUGGUGUAUGUGCCUUCAAAAAGCGGAGCUUUGUUCUUCCCAUUCAUAACACGUGACACGCCAAAGAAACGAGUUAAGGAAAUUCCAGGUGAAUAUUUUGCACUUGGAACGGACAAAACGGUGAUAAUGAAACAACUUGAAGAUAAAUGGUAUAUAGUUAUUGAUAUUAAUGGCUUUGCAUCUAUAUUUAAUUGCAACUAUUAG